GUUGGGACCAGGGGCCACCAUACUCAGCCCUUUCGUUGUGUGGCAACUAACGCAGAAAGGCAACCAGGAGGAACAUUAUCGGCGCAUCCAUCGCUGGCUGCGAAAAACGGACCUGUUUGGCAAGCGGGCGGUGCUGGCGCCCCACAACACGGCUGGACACUGGUACCUGCUAGUACUGGCGAACCAGGAGACCACCCACCACCUCCUUGACAUGGAAUGCUGGAGGGAACGCUAUAUGUGGACCGUGGACUCUAGGACGAGGGGAGGAGUCGCCCACGCAACAAAUAUAUGGGAGAAGUUCCUGCAGUGGGAGUAUACCCAGAGGCAUGGCGGGGUAGGCUUCGAGGUUCAAGGAGUCUACCAGAGGGUCCCACAACAGGAAAACGACGGAGACUGCGGGGUAUAUGUACUGGAGACCAUCGAGAGGGUUAUGCGCUUUGUCGGACAGGGCAGAGGCGCACCAAGAUGCAUCGCAGAGCCUUUCACGACCGAUAUGGCAGCCCUGAAGCGGGCGCAGAUAUUGUCCACGUUUCAACAGUACGCGCAUGGACGCCAAAGCGCGGAACCGCCGCCGUCACAACCGCACUCACCACUGCACCAAGACAGAGCCACUACCGCCACGCCGAUCCGACCGCCGUCACCACCUGCAAUACGAUACCGCACAACAGCCAGUCAAGCAACACAACUCGUAGCAACACCCGACAGCAUCUUUGUGACCAUGACAACGAAACAUCACACAGCAACAUGUGGCUGCACGACCACGCAACAUCAAGCACGCAGCCCAUAAAAUAUAGAGCACAGCCAGAAAACAGUCAGUCAACACGGAGCUGUGGUCGCGAGUAAACGACUACAAUUGAAGGGAGCGAUAGCUUAUGAGUGGUACGCACACACCACAAGACAUCACCUUUCAAAGGUAGAAAACCAUAUUUCGUAGUGAGAACUACCGCUGAAUGGAGCGAUUGCUUGUGAGUGGUACACACACACCACAAGACAUCACCACUCAGAGUAGUGAUCAUUAAAAACGGUUCCGAUCACCGCUCGCCACUGUCUACCGCGAAGCCGCGUACGAACGACAUCCGCUCGUUCGCCGUCAACAGCGCACGCCAAGGGUGCCAGAA